AAUCGCAGGUGCUGCGCAAAAGCUACAAACCUCCAUAGAAUCGCAGCAGCCUUCCCAGUAAUUGUACAUUAUAUAGAUUGUUGGAUCCAUCCAAAUGCUUCAUUUCUUUUCUUGAAAGCCAAGGGUUUUUGCUUCUCUCUUUUAUUCUCAAGCGAUGGAUUCUCCCUCCAAGUCUUUCAAUAUGAAAAAGCACCUCAAAGAAGAAUUUGUGAGUAAUUUGGGUGGAUCUUCUAUGAUUGAAAUUGCUGCACUUUCCGCUGCUGUCCCUCUUCUCUUUGUUUUGCGGCACUCCAUCUGCUUCAGUUACAAAACUGGUUCUGCUUUUGUAAGGACAUCAGCAAAGAAAGAUGGGGAUGCUCUUUCUGCUUCAAAGAGUUUGGGGAAUUAUUUGGCUACCGUAACUGUGGAUUUUAUGUUCAUUGUUCUGCCCAUACUUUUGUUUUUAACUGUUCUAGCUGAAUGGAUAUUUAUAUUGCCAAUCUUUUUGAUGGUGCUCACUUUCUCCAUUACGGCUAAAAGGGUUGUAAUAUCUACCACUUGUUCUGAAGGGUCGCUUUCUCUUAGAGCAAUCAUUUCCUCGUACAGGGUUGUUGUGAUGGUUGUAACUUGCCUUUGUAUCUUAGCUGUUGAUUUUAGAAUAUAUCCAAGAAGAUAUGCAAAGACUGAGACCUAUGGUUAUAGUUUGAUGGACCUUGGAGUUGGCUCCUUUGUGUUGGCAAACUCACUAGUUUCACGGCAAGCACGGAAUGCCUCUUUGGUGAACUUGAAAGCUGCUGUUCAAUCUGCUAGUCCUCUACUGCUUCUGGGGUUUGGUCGACUUUUAUCUACUACAACUGUGGAUUAUCAGGUUCACACCGGGGAAUAUGGAGUACACUGGAAUUUCUUUUUCACAUUAGCUGCUGUGUCAGUGCUUACAUCCAUAAUUAAUGUUCCUCCACAAUAUUCUGGAUUUCUGGGUUCUGCAGUUCUAAUUGGUUACCAGUCUUGGUUGAAUAGUGGAUUAAAUGCAUAUCUGCUUUCUGACAAUAGGGCAUCUGAUAUGAUAAGCAAAAAUAAGGAGGGUGUAUUUAGCAUACUUGGUUAUUGGGGCAUGUAUCUUAUUGGUGUCCAGUUGGGCUACUAUUUAUUUUUUGGGAACCAUUCCUCUACUAAAAUGAAAAGCAAUAAGUGGGCAAGGAUCAGAGUCUUGUCUUUUGCUGUUAUCUUUUGGUUGAUAACCAUGAUUCUGGACAGUCAUGUUGAAAGAGUUUCCCGUAGGAUGUGCAACAUGGCUUAUGUUACAUUGGUCUUAGCUCAAAACUUUCAGUUCCAGCCGAAUCUGCAUCAGUAUGUACUUCCACCUGUCCAUGGUUCCCAAACAAGAGACCUUUACCUGGAGUUCCCUUCAAGUACUUCAUAAUUCUAUAAACAGCAUCAAAGUUCUUUGGUCCUGGAGAAUGCAUGGAUUGACUUACCAUGCUAACCACAAAAGAUAUCAGGAUGGGUAUGUGAGAGAUAUAUUAGCCUUCCAACCAAUAUUUGAAAUUUGUCUCUAUUGAUUACUUCUUAAGGCUUAACUGACUGUAGAUCUAUAGGCGUCUCAGCUGCUUUACAUCCUAAUAGACCCGUCUCUCCAAGUAAGUCAAGCACGUAUUUUCUUUGUGAAAUGAAGAUUACUUUCUUUGAUAUACCAAGGAAAUACUUCAAGGUGCCUAGAAUAAAAUUGCAUCAAGUUGCUCGCUUUUCUCUAAAUUAUCAAAUUUAAGACGAUUAGAUUAAAUUAUAAUUUCACAAAUCCAUUUAUUAGUUUUUUAUAUGAGAUUUUUAACAAUUUUGCAUUGUAAUUAAAAGUAACUAUUUCUUUGAAGUUCUUUUUUUUCACAAUUUAUUAGAUAUACAAGAAUGUUAUGAUAUUUAUUCAAUCCUGGCCUGAUUGUUGAUACUAGUCGUUUUUGCUAAUGGUUUAAAAAAUUUAGUGUUGAUUUUAUCCAACUACAUUGCUCAAUUUAGGAUUCUGAAACUGUUUACAAUUCAGUUGUUUAAAACUGUCUGAGAUGUAUCUAGACAAUAUGAGGGGCCUCUGCAUGCCUGGACCACUCAAUCCCUGGAAUUCUAAACUUGCACCUGCGGCAUGCUCGCAUAGGAAUUUGUUUAGUUGACAAAUAAUGUGAUAAUUUUCUUCCCCCAAUAAUUUCAAAUUGUUGUAUAAAACUUUAUUUUCUG